AGCCAUCUGCGAGCGAGGUUUGAGCAAUGGGAUUAGCAUUUCGCUUUCAUAGACGCUUUACCAGACGUAUCCGGUACGAAAGAGGUUUAUACGCAAUACAGUCAGACUCUUCACGAAAUGGCCGUGUUACAAGUUUUACUACUGGCAAUGGUUAUCUGUUGUACAAUUGCGUCCGAGGAAAUUAAGUGCCGUGACUUGAUGGCGACUGCUGAAUGCCAGGCAGCAGUCACGAAGGAAGAAGGGCUGUGUUAUAAACCGCCAUGGAACUCACAGUGCAGGCGAACCUGCGGCCGAUGUAAUGUCUGCUACGACGCCGAGAAUGACUCAGUGUGCGACUCUUUGAAACAUACCUGUUCCGAUGACGAAGCAACCGCGCACCGGUGCAGUCUGACCUGCGGGCUUCUUGGCUGCGAAGAGGACCCAAGAAUACGACGGGUUUACCACUCGCCAUGACGAGCGAACUAUUGUAGUAUUGUAGUGGUGUUGACUGACGAGGGUGUAACAAUACCGAGGAAUUGGUUCACGUGUAAAUAUAUUUUAUAGCAAAUUAAACAAACUUCUACCUACAA